AUGAUUUACGACGUCAACGCUCCGUAUUUCAGAAGUUUUUUGAAGAACGCCGGCGGGGCCAAGAAUCAGUUCGCGAAAGGACCGACGGACAAAGGACCGAGAGCCUCGGAAAACAAACCCGUUUGUGCUCUUGUCGUGAACAUGGAAGGGCAACAACAAGAACAUCAAAAGAAAGAGUGGGAAAAUUUAGUUUUCUCCGUUGAAGCACCGGGAGCGGUUUUGAACUUUCAAAUCUUACUCGGAACGGAAUGUGCGUUUUGUUACGUCGGAACGAGCGAUCCGAGCACGUUUAAUAGACUCGCCCUGUGUACCAAAGCUCGCUCAAUGAACAGUUCGUUUAAAUACGCGAGCUCUAAUCCUUUGGGCGGCGACGCGAAGACCGGAGCGCAGUCCUUCGCCGAGCGACUCUUGGAUUUAGUACACACUCAAAACGGAAAUGAAGGCAAAGGUGCAAAUUUGAACUCCAUAGCGGUUUCAGUGAAUGUUGCGGACGAUGCGUCUACUUUGCGAGCAUUCGCGGAGAAGACUCUCGCCAAGAGACUAUUAGAAAUGUUACAACAAUGA